AGAGAGCUGUGUUGACAGUCUGCAGGGCGACGGAAGUUGCCUGCAUCCUCAUCAGUAAACUUAUGGAUUAUGGUGAUUCUGGGGUCGUGAUGAUGGGGCCCUUGAAUAUUGUUGCCCAGGGAACAGCAGAGUGUUAAUCUGGCCCUGACAGCACCGCCCCAGCUGCUAUGUCCUCCACCUCCGUGUCAACAUCCUCUGGUUGUGGUGGUGGUGCUGAUGCUGCAGCUGCCAUGGCAACCCAAGUGUCCGAGCAGGCUCUGCUGGCCUCAGACCGCUACGCCAGACUCAUCCUGGCCCAGAUGAACAAGAUGCGGCUCCGCACCGAUUUCUGCGACGUGGGGCUGAAGGUCGGCAGCCGCGUCUUCAGGGUCCACCGGCUGGUGCUCGCUGCCAGCAGCCCGUACUUCUCCGCUCUGUUCUCAGGGGGGAUGAGGGAGGCGGAUAAGGAGGAGGUGCAGAUCCUUGGAGUGGAGACUGAAGUCUUUGAGGUGUUGCUGGACUUUAUAUAUACAGGCGUGAUCAGUGUGACCGUGGAGAACGUUCAAGAGCUGAUGGUGGCAGCAGACAUGCUGCAGCUGAACGAGGUGGUGUCUGUCUGUGGAGAGUUUCUUAAGGGCCACAUGGACCCGUCCAACUGUGUGGGCAUCUUUCAGUUCCUGGAGCAGAUUGCCUGCAUGGAGAUGCUGGAGUUUACUGAGAACUACAUCCAUGUUCACUUCCUGGAGGUGUGCGUCACUGAUGAGUUCAGGGGCCUGACCAAGGAUCAGCUGGUGAGGCUGCUACGAAGCGAAGAGCUGCGAAUUGAGGAUGAGUACCAGGUAUUCACGGCAGCCAUGGACUGGGUUCUCCACGAUGUGGCAAAGAGGAAAAAACAUGUAGUGGAGGUGUUGGAACCGGUCCGCUUCCCUUUGCUUUCCCCACAGAGACUGUUCAAGUACAUAGAGGGUAUUACAGACUUCAGCCUGCGGGUGGCGCUGCAGACUCUGCUGAAGGAAUACACGGAAGUCACAAAGUCUCCCAAAGAAAAUAAGAUGUACAGCCAGCUACAACCAGCCAAGAUGAGGCCCAGAAGAAAAGCGAGGAAAUACCUCUACGCCAUAGGAGGCUACACUCGGCUGCAGGGAGGCCGCUGGAGUGACAGCCGGGCGCUGAGCUGUGUGGAGCGCUUCGACACCUUUAACCAGUACUGGACCACGGUGUCCUCCCUGCACCAGGCCCGCAGCGGGGUGGGGGUCGCCGUUCUGGAGGGCAUGAUCUAUGUAGUGGGAGGGGAGAAAGACUCGAUGAUCUUCGACUGCACUGAGAGAUACGACCCCGUGACCAAGCAGUGGGCCGCCGUGGCGUCUCUCAACUUUCCUCGCUGUGGAGUCGGCGUCUGUCCCUGCCACGGAGCUCUGUAUGCUCUCGGCGGUUGGAUCGGCUCUGAGAUCGGGAAGACCAUGGAGCGAUACGACCCCGAGGAGAACAAGUGGGAGGUCAUCGGCAGCAUGGCGGUCCCUCGCUACUACUUUGGCUGCUGUGAGCUACAAGGGUUUAUUUACGUGAUUGGAGGAAUCAGUGACGAAGGGAUGGAGCUGCGUUCAGCCGAGGUGUACGACCCGAUCUCCCGCCGUUGGAGCGCCCUGCCGGUGAUGGUCACACGGCGAGCCUAUGUGGGCGUCGCCUGCCUCAAUAACUGCAUUUAUGCAGUGGGCGGCUGGAAUGAAGCGCUAGGAGCACUGGAGACAGUGGAAAAGUACUGUCCAGAGGAGGAGAAAUGGAUGGAGGUGGCUCCGAUGUCGACCGCUCGUGCCGGCGUGUCGGUGUCGGCGGUUAACGGGCUGCUGUACGCUGUGGGAGGCCGCGCCGCCAGCAGAGACUUCUCCGCCCCGGUGACGGUGGACUCUGUGGAGAUCUACGACCCGCACCUGGACACCUGGACUGAAGUCGGCAACAUGAUCACCAGCCGCUGCGACGGAGGGCUGGCGGUGCUCUGAGGGGGCAAUAUUCACAUUAUGAACGUCCAUAUCAUCCCAAAACUGCAUAAAGUGAAAGAAAAGCUGCACCUUAAGAAACACAAAGUGUGUUUCUGUCUCAAGUAGGCUUUCAAAUGAUUGUUUAUGUUAUUUAAACAUGUUUAAGGCAUGUUUUUCUUUUUCAUUUGAACAUAUGGCAGCAGAGCGAAAACUGGAUGGAAAAACUGCUUUUACACGACUCUAAUGUAUCUAUUUUCAAUUCAGUACUUUUCCAAGAAUAUCAGCGGAAGCACACUUAUUUUCCUCUCGUGCGUAUUCGAAGACAAAGCGAUCCUUGUGAUAAGGAUAUUUUUCACAGCGGGGGACUUCUAUUUUGGACGGACCAGAGUUUUUCUUCUCAAGUGUCUCAUGUGGAGAACACUGCAGACAGUCCUUUGAUAAGAUGUUAAAGCACUGUUUUUUUAAGUUCAUUUUCUCUUUUAUUUUUCCUUAAAGAAAUGUUUGAGGUGAGUGCAUUGCUACUUUGGAAGAUUGAUGAAACCACUUGAGCCUAUUUAAUAAUGGAGCCAAAGUUCCAUGGUAAGUGAACAUGUCCUGUACAUAAUUAUAAACUUGAACAGCGCACCACUGUUGUCACACCAGUGCAGUUAUCACUCAGUAAUGUUCACUGGAUUAUUUUUGUAUAUAUGAUACUGUAAAUAAUAGUGCCUCUUAGUCACUAUUUACACUCAAAUCCAAGCAAGUGGAGACGGUUUUAUUAUUUCACUCAUCAGUGGCAACAGACACAUUUCAUUUUUCUGAUGUUGAGGUACCCAGCAUUAACCCUUAAUAGGGCACUCAUUGAAAUACUUGCAAAGUUCAAAUUUCAACCCUAGAGAAUAUUGAAGGAUAUUACAUACUGCCAGAAUGUGUAAAAAAAACAAAAACAUAUGGACCCGGGGAAGGGGGGUAAUAUUUUGAGAAAUAAAUAAAGAGAAAAAAAUCUCAAAUUAAUGGUAAAAAAGUUACAAAUUUAUGAGAAAAAUCUCAAAUUUGUGACCAAAAACUCUCAAUUUAACGGUAAAAAAAAAAGUUACAAAUUUAUGAUUAAAAAAAUCUACAAUUUGUGACCAAAAACGCUCAAAUUAACAGUAAAAAAAGUUACAAAUUUAUGAUUAAAAAAAUCUAAAAUUUGUGACUAAAAAAAUCUCAAAUUAACGGUAAAAAAAGUUACAAAUUCAUGAUAAAAAAAUCCUAAAUUUGUGACCAAAAAAUCUAAAAUCAAUGGUAAAAAGUUAAAAAUUCAUGAUUAAAUAAAUCUCAAAUUUGUGACUAAAAAAAUCUCAAAUUAACGGUAAAAAAAGUUACAAAUUUAUGAUAAAAAAAUCCUAAAUUUGUGACCAAAAAAUCUAAAAUCAAUGGUAAAAAAGUUGACGAGAUUAAAGUGGCAAAUCUACAGGAAAAAAGUGAUUUAAAGUGGUGAAUCUGCGAGAUUCCACUUUUUUUCGCGGAGAUUUGCCACUUCAAUCUAGUAAAUUUGCAACUUUUUUCUCAAAAUAUUACCCAUUUGUACGACUGUUACGAUUUUUUCUAAAUUUUUCAUUUUUACAUUGGAGAUCAAGGUCAAUAAAGUGAAUAUUAUUAUAUUAUUAUCAUACUGAUUGGUCAGAUGUCAUGGUGUCACCGUCUGUGACGUAGCCUGAUCUUUGCUGAUUAGCUGGAAGAAAUCCAUGUGGUUCUACGACCAAACAGAGAGACAUGGGGACCUCAUGUUGAUAUCCACUGAAGUUACCAAAUAUGGUUCUUCACCUGAUAAAGAGUUAAUAUAAUACAACAUACAGAAAUGCUUUUACCUUCACUACGGUAAGUUAUCAUGCUUCUUUUGGAUAUUGGAGCGCAUCACAUUUGCACAGCAACAGUGUUUCCUAUCAUGUACUGUAAUUGCAAACGGCAGAAUAUUAAUAUUGCACAACAGUAAUAACACUUUUAUUGGUUGACUAAAUAAACUUUAUAAAAGAGCUAUGUGUGUGCUGAGUUUAAAAUGACUACAUUACCUCUCUCUUCAUUUCACGUGAAAACAUCAAAAUGAUUUUGCACAAACAUGAAAAUCAUCCUGAGUUGACUGAAUCGGUUCAUAUGUAUACUAGGGGUGGGCGAUACGGCCCUAAAAGAAUAUCACGAUAUUUCAGGCUAUUUUUGCGAUAACGAUAUUCUUGACGAUAUUACCAAAUACUGAAAAAUAUAUAGAAAAUAUGAUUUUUUUUAGUCUGUAUAAAUAAAUAAAAAUCUAAAAUGUGGUGUGAAGUGCAAAUCUCAACAGUUGCCAAAUACAAAAAAAUUAAAAAAAAAAAAAAUCAUUUUGUAAAGGAGAAUAAAGGUUCUUGUAGGUUUUGUUAAAGGCAUCUUAUUUUGACAGUCUUCUUGUAAGUUCUGUGGUGGAUUCUGUUAACACACUGUACUCUUAUUUUGAAAGCUGCAUGUGUUUAGCGAGAGGGAGUAAGUAGCUUUUUGUGAUUAAAACAACUUUAACCACUACAUCAAGAAGUAAGAAUGUUGCCAAUAUCAUGAUAUGCAUUUUUUUAACCAUAAAAAAAAUAUACCGAUAUUAUCAUGAACGAUACGAUAUGGCACACCCCUAAUGUAUACGAGAUAUUUUCUGCAUUUUGCAAACAACUACAUAUGGGAUCACUAAAAUCAACUUCUGCUUCUAAACUUAGCAUUCCUGGAUUUUCACUGAACAUUUAUAUUGAAUUAAUCUCAAAGAAAAUCACUGUGGUACAUUUGCACCUUAAAGGUUGGGAUGUGUUGAAACAUUUACAUAACUGAUAAAACGAUAGUCUAUCAGAAUAUUCAUUCAAAAGGCAGGGGGAGACAGAUCAGUGAUGACGUUUUACAUUAAUUAUUAAUAUAAAGUUAUACUGACUUGUUUCAUUCUGGAGUUACAAUGAAAAGGAAAGGUAUGCAGAUGGUCCCAAUGUUUAUCCAUCGUCUCCAAUUUGCACAUGUGAAAUUACCAAAAUCAAACACAUUUCAAUAUUCUUGUCUUCAUUUUUUAAUACUGAAGAAUGUGAUUAUAUAAAUGCUUACUGAUAAAUGUUUCAUUUCAAAGUUUUGUUCUACAUUUAGAUGUUUUGAUGCUCAUUUUCCAACUGUUCCUAUUAAUUUUCUAAGUAAGCCUUUCCCAACCUUUGCCCUUAAGGGACAUAUUUUCUAUCAUUGAGGUACCUGACAAUCCCUAACUAAAUUACAUUUUAUGAAUUUUUAAUAUAUAUAUAUAUUCAGGGUUUGUACAGGUGCUUGAAAUCCUUGAAAAUGCUUGAAUUUAAAUGUAUUUUCAAGGUUUAAAAAGUGCUUGGAUUUUGGAUAAAGUGCUUGUAAAUGCUUGAAAUUCUUACUGUAUUUCUCUUGCAAUCUGACUAUAUCCAUCUAUAGACUAUAGAUAAUCACAUGUUCAAUGUAAAAAAUAAUGAGUAGCCUAUCUGAAAUGAAGACCGUUCCUCCUAAAAGUGUAACACCAUCUCUGUUGGUAUGGUUCAGUGAAAUCUCCCCCUUUUAGUAUGUAAGAACUCAUCUAAAACAAUCGAGCGCAGAUACACAGAGCGCCUUUUCGGCCAAUCAGCACAUCUGUUUUCUGCACUUGAUUGCUCUGCCUCAACUACCCGGAUGUUUGUCGCGGAAAACUGAAAUUGAAUUUUGCGAACUGAAUUUGAAUUGUGAGAACUGAAUGUUCAGUUCCAAACUAAUAAAUUCAAUUUCAAAUUAUAAUUUUAGUAUGUAAGUACUCAUCUAAAACAUGCAAUUUACAACAGGUGUAAGAUACUGGAAAAGCUUCAAAAUUGCUUGAAUUUGACCACUGCUAAAGUGUAUGAACCCUGUAUAUUCAGUGUAUAACAGUAACAAUACAGAACAACUAAUAAAAUGUACAAUUAACGGA